AUGGGACGAAUCAGCGACAACUUCACCGUUCUCACUCUUGCCCUCGCCAUCGGGAUAUAUUUCAAGCCGGAGUAUGCGAUUUUCAACUCCAGGAUUGCGACGAUCGUCGUCCUUUUCGGAAUCCUCACCACGUCGAAAAUUUUCUAUCGGCUUAUAUUGUAUCCCGACUACUUCUCUCCAUUGAAACACAUUGACACACCUGCUAAACGAAGCUGGCUCACCGGCAAUUCUCCAAAUUUCUUACUUGACACCCCCUAUCCGGAAUUACGGGAGUGGGCCACUAGCAAGCCCAAUCAAGAUCUUAUCCGGUACUAUAUUGUCGCAAACCUCGAAAGAGUGAUUUUGACAAGCCCAAGAGCAUUGGGUGAGCUGCUCGUUACGAAAAAUUAUGAUUUUGAAAAACCAGAAUUGGUGCGGGUUAGCUUGCGACGUAUCACAGGUGAUGGAAUCCUACUUGCCGAAGGUGAAGAGCAUAAGAUUCAACGGAAGAAUCUCAUGCCAGCAUUUGCCUAUCGCCACAUCAAGAACCUCUACCCAGUCUUUUGGGGCAAGAGUGUAGAAAUGGUUAAGUUGAUCGAGGAAGACCUGAAGAGCAGAAAGGCCAAUGGGAAUAACGACAACACAGUCCAAAUCAGUAACUGGGCCAGUCGAGCAACUCUGGACAUCAUCGGCGUCGCCGGUAUGGACCAUGACUUCGACUCUCUCCGUCAUCCCGAUAACAGCCUCAGCCAAUCCUACCGCAAAAUCAUGUCCUCGCCACCCCUCCUCAUGAAAAUCCUAUUCGUGUUAGGUAUGCUAGUCGGUACCCCGGGAUGGACCCACUCACUACCGACGAAACGCAACAAAGACAUCAGGGAGAGCGGCGAGGUCAUCCGCAACGUCGCACGACAAAUGAUCCGGCAGAAGAAAGCAAAGAUGGAAGAUCCCAAAGCCGAAACUGGCAUUGACAUUAUCUCCGUUGCACUAAGCAGCGGCACCUUCGACGAAGAGAACCUCGUCGACCAAUCCAUGACCUUCCUAGGCGCAGGCCACGAGACAACCGCGUCGGCACUACAGUGGGCCGUUUACGCACUCUGCAAGAAUCCCAAUGUCCAAACUCGUCUGCGGGAUGAAGUCCGCGCCAACCUUCCAUCCCUCGACGACCCGACUCCAAUUUCCGCCACCGCAAUCGAUAACCUGCCCUACCUGAACGCAGUGUGCAACGAGGUCCUCCGCUUCUACCCCUCUGUGCCGACGACCAUACGCAAGGCUGUUCGCGACACAUCUAUUGCCGGCAAGCAUAUCCCCAAAGAUACUACAUUUACACUUUCUCCGCACAUCCUGAACAGGAUGGAAGAGUUGUGGGGACCGGACGCGAAUAAGUUCAAUCCGGAUCGUUUUAUGGGUCCCGGUAAGGCUAAUACUGGCGGUGCGGUUAAUAACUAUGCGUUUUUGACUUUCUUGCAUGGCCCGCGUAGUUGCAUUGGGCAGGGAUUUGCGAAGGCAGAGCUUGCUUGCUUGAUUGCUGCUACUGUUGGUCGGUUUCACAUGGAGCUCAAGUUUCCUGAUGCUAAGUUGGAGACUCGGGAGGCGGCUACUGUUUCACCUAGAGAUGGUGUUCUUGCCUUGCUUACCCCAUUGGAAGGGUGGUAG